UGAGGAGCCGCCGCCGGGAAGAGCUGAGGGAGCGACCGCCCGGCCCCCGGGGCGGGGAGCGGAGCGGGGCCGGGCCGGGGGCGCGCCCCGCGCCGCUGUCACCAUUGCCGGGGCCCGGAGCGCCGCAGAGCUGCUCCCCCCGCCGCCGCCGCGCUCGCCCCAAACACGGCGGCGGCGGCGGCACCGCCCGCAGGGGCUCGGCGCGGCUCCCGACGCGCUCGGAGGAGGAGGAGGAGAAGGAGGAGGAGGAGGGAGCGGCAGCCGGUGCCGCCGCCGGGAGCCGGGCCCGCCCGGGGCUGAGCCGCCGGAGCAUCAACGCCCGGGGCCGCCCGGUGGUGCCUCGCGGCCGCCGCCCGGGCCCUGCGCGCUGCCCCGGAGCGGCCCCCGGCUGCCAGACAUGACCGCCAUCAUCAAAGAGAUCGUCAGCAGGAACAAAAGGCGAUACCAGGAGGAUGGCUUCGACCUGGACCUGACCUAUAUUUAUCCAAACAUAAUUGCUAUGGGCUUUCCUGCAGAGAGGCUUGAAGGAGUGUACCGCAACAACAUCGACGAUGUAGUAAGGUUUUUGGAUUCAAAGCAUAAAAACCAUUACAAGAUAUACAAUCUAUGUGCUGAAAGACAUUAUGACACCGCCAAAUUUAACUGCAGAGUUGCACAGUACCCUUUUGAAGACCAUAACCCACCACAGCUGGAGCUCAUCAAACCUUUUUGUGAAGAUCUUGACCAGUGGCUAAGUGAAGAUGACAAUCAUGUGGCAGCAAUCCACUGUAAAGCUGGAAAGGGACGAACUGGUGUAAUGAUUUGUGCUUAUUUGUUGCAUCGAGGCAAGUUUUUAAGGGCCCAAGAAGCCCUAGAUUUCUAUGGGGAAGUAAGGACCAGAGACAAGAAGGGAGUGACAAUUCCCAGUCAGAGACGCUACGUGUACUACUAUAGCUACCUGUUAAAGAAUCACCUGGAUUACAGACCAGUGGCACUGCUGUUCCACAAGAUGAUGUUUGAAACAAUUCCCAUGUUCAGCAGCGGAACUUGCAAUCCUCAGUUUGUGGUGUACCAGCUAAAGGUAAAGAUAUUCACCUCCCCUUCAGGACCCUCACGACGUGAAGACAAGUACAUGUACUUUGAAUUCCCUCAACCUCUGCCCGUAUGUGGUGAUAUCAAAGUGGAAUUUUUCCACAAACAGAACAAGAUGUUGAAAAAGGACAAAAUGUUUCACUUUUGGGUAAAUACAUUCUUCAUAGGACUGGAUGAAAAUUCAGACAAAGUAGAAAAUGGAAGUCUAGUUGCAGAUCAGGAACUUGAUGGUAUUUUCAGUACAGAGCGCUCAGAUAAUGAUAAGGAAUAUUUAAUCCUUACAUUAACAAAAAACGAUCUAGACAAAGCAAAUAAAGACAAAGCCAACAGAUAUUUCUCUCCAAACUUCAAGGUGAAGCUAUUUUUCACAAAAACAGUAGAAGAGCCAUCAAACCCAGAGGCUAGCAGUUCAACUUCUGUAACACCAGAUGUUAGUGACAAUGAACCUGAUCAUUAUAGAUACUCUGACACCACUGACUCUGAUCCAGAGAAUGAACCUUUUGAUGAAGAUCAGCAUACGCAGAUUACAAAAGUCUGAAUAUUUUUUUUAUCAGAGAUAAAAAAGAACCAUACAAAAAAAAAAAAACAUGAAGACAGACAAACUUGAAUAAACUGAAAAAAAAAAAAAAGGACCUUUCUAAAUGGCAAAAGGACAUAGUGUCAGAUUACCAGUUAUAGGAACAAUUCUUUCCUGACCAAUCUUGUUUUGCCCUACAAAUCUACAGGGUUUGACACUUGUCCAGUCGGGGGGGUUAAAGAAAGGUUACGUAGCUCUUAUGUAUAUACCUUUUUGUGUCAAAGGACAUUAAAACUUCAAUUAGGAACUAUAAACAUGGCACUUUCCCAUUUUAUUCCAGUUUUAUAAAAGUGGAGACAGACCUAAUGUGUAUGCGUAGGAAUUUUUCCUUUUGUGUUCUGUCACCAAACGAAGUUUCAAAAACCGAAAAGAAAAAAAAAAAAAAUUUUACAGGUUCACAUCCUGCCCCUUUUUUUGCACUUGUGUGGCAACAGAAAAGUCUGCAGUUGGCUAAGAGAUGUUUCUAGAAGGUUUUUCCUACAUUCUAAUGCAUGUUUUUUGGAUGGGGGCUGGAAGGUGAUGCUCGGAAAGGAGCGUGGCCUGUGUACCGUGUCCGGCUGUUCCAUGCACCUUUCCUCAGCAUGCUGCCCUAAUUCAUCCGGGACAAUGGGUGAGGAGUCGCCGCUGUCACUGCUUGUUGUUUGUGCAUUUUUCAUUUUUUUUAAGUGUAAUGGUGCUAGAAAAGGCAGCUAGAGAGAGUGAUUCUGUCUAGGGGUACAGGAAUGAACCUUCACGACACCCACGAGACCCGCGCUAUGAAGGGAGACAAGGAAUUGGGGUCACGAGAAACAAAAACAAACAAACAAAAAAAAACAGCAAAAGGAAACACAGCAACAAUGACUUAACCAUACAAAUGUGGAGGCUAUCAACUAAAGUAAGAGCUUGAAACAAAUGGUUACCAAAUUAGACAAUGAUUUAUUGGGAUUUUUUUCUGAAUUGUAAUGGCUGCUCCAUCUCCUGUGUAAUCAAGGCCAGUGCUAAAAGUCAGAUGCUCUUAGUGCAAAAACAUCAGUCAACAUCUUACAUUUAUAUUAGUAGUUUUUCAAUCAUAUUCCUGCUGUGAAUACUUCAUGUGCUGCCUUGCAAGCUUUAUUUUUUUUUUUUCCCUCUCAUGAAUAUAAAAAGAUUUUGUAAUGGUGCACAGGAAAUGUCAUUGGAGAUUCUCCAGGUUAGUGUUUGUUUGGAAGAUUUCUGAUGCAUUUAUUCAAUCAAACCUCUGUCAGCUGUUCCACCCCUUUGACCUUACACAUUCUAUUACAAUGAGUUUUGCAGUUUUGCACACUUUUUUUUUUUUAAGAAAAAAAAAAAAGUCAUUAACUGUUAGGGAAUUUUACUUGAAUACUCAUUACCUGCAAUGUUUAAAAAACGGACAUUACACACCAGAGACAGGAAACCAGUGUUGCAGUAAAUUCUCAACGCUGUAAAUGAAGAUUAAAAAGCAGAACUUGUCCCAAAUAUAUUACUAUCAAAAACAACCCCUCAAAGCACCCAAGAAAUUGUUUUUCUAAGCCAAGUGGCAGUGUUGGAUUAUUUGUUCCUAGGGUAGGGCUCAAAGUUGGCUUCUGGUGGAUGAUUGUCAUGCCCAGCCCGAGGUGGCUCAGGAGUCCAGCUGCUGGCACAUCCAGAUGUGAAUGGGCCAUGAGCAGCUGACCCCAAAUUGAUGCUUUUUUUUUAGGGUGCAGUACACACAUCCCCCUGCUUAAUUAACUUCUUGGUGCUGACAUGGAAGUUCAUGAGCUGUGUUCUCAGCCAGAAUUAUGAAUGGGAUCUGUCAGAGCCCUGUACAGCAGCAUUAAUGGUUGGAAUUUGAACCACACAAGGCAGGACUUUCACUAAUUACAAUUGGGAAACUGAGGUGUAAAGGGCUUUUAAAGAUUUUUUUUUUUCCUUACCUGGUUUCUGUUGGUCAAUUCUGCUCCUCAGAUUCAUGAUUCUAACUUCUAACAAAGCUGGUAAUACCUUCUGACUUACAGGUUUCAUUAGACUUUAAUGGAUCAAGGUUCAGUGCUCAUUGUGACGAGCAGGAGGUGGUUUUCCCUUGGGAACAGGAAUUUUAACUCUUACCCUUCCAAUCGUGUUUUCACCCUGUCUGGUUUAUAACAGUUGAAAGUUGUGUUGUGCUUAAAUAAAGCCAAGUGCUCGUGCUUGGAUAGUGUUGGGAUCUUGGCAGUGCUGCGUGUCCCACUUUGGAUAAUCAGGAUUGGAUGGUGCAGCUCCAGUCGGUGACGCCGGAUCGGGAAUCAGGACGCAAGGAUGGGCUUUUGCACUGUUCUUUUUCCUUUGGAAUGUGAAGGUUGGAAUGAGGGUUUUUGGUUUUUUGUUUUGUUUUUUUUUUUUAAUUUUUUUUUUUAAUGUUUCGACGUCUUUGAGAAGCCUUGCUUACAUUUUAUGGUGUAGUCAUUGGAAAUGGAAAAAUGGCAUUAUAUAUAUAUAUAUUAUAUAUAUAAAUAUAUAUUAUACAUACUCUCCUAUACUUUAUUUCAGUUACCACCCCCAUAGAAGUUGACAAGAAUUGCUAUGACUGAAAGGUUUUUGAGUCCUUACUAAAACUUUAUUUAUGACAGUAUUCAUAAUUAGCUUGAGCUGCAUUCUCUAGGUAAUCUUUCCUUGAGUUUCCAGACUGUAGGCUUCAGCCUGUUGGGAUGUGCAAGAGCUUACAUGUCUGAAACUACUUGAAGGCAUCACUUUGGUAAGAGCUUAACUGUAAAGGCCCUGAAGCAUCCCCUGGGCUUGGGCAGCCCCAGUGGAAAUCUUUGCCACAGCUCCUCCAGGGCAGCUGUGCAAAAUCAGCCUCCAGAUUCCUCCCCGGGGCACACAUUGUAAACUGAAGUGGAGUUUACAUGCAGCAUCGAAAUUAGCUUUCCAAAUUCAAAACAAAACAAAAAAAAACCACCACCUUGAAAUAAUCCAAGAAGAGGAUGCUGGUGUGCAAGUUCCAUGUUUAGUCCUAGCAAAUGUGUGCAAUAUGUUAACGAUGCCUGUGGUUGCCACGAAGUGCCUCGUUUACCUUCUCAAUACUGUUGGAAAGUGUCGUGCAUGCAGAUGGAUGGGGUGGGACUGUGCACUAAAAGGGGCUCCAACUGCAGCGUUUUGGCAGAGCUGCCUUUCUCUGCCACUUCAAAUUUUCCAGUCUGUUUUCAUAUAGCAUAUAUAUAUAUAGAUACUAAAAGAAAAAAAAAAAUCAGUCUGUUAAGCAGCCUUACUCUGAUUCAGCCUCUUCAAAUACUAUUGUGCUGUGCAACAGUGGCUCUGUGUGUAACUGAGAAUACACAAAAACCAAGUAUGACAUGUACAGGAUAAUGCCUCAUACAAAUCAGAUGUCCGUUUGUUAUUGUGUUUAACAACCCUUUAUCUCUUAGUGUUAAAACUCCACUUAAAACUGAUUAAAGUCUCAUUCUUGUCA